GCGACUCCUGAAAGCGAGCCACUCUGAUAUUAAACAACCCCUGAAAUCAAUAGCUGAAACAGACAUGAUACACAAACCCAAACUUUGAAGUAAAUCCAUCAAUAGUUCACAAUCACGUAAAAGGAUGCUUGAAGGGGCAGUAGCAAGACUCCUCAACCAUUUAUUAGGAAAAUACGUGGUUGACCUUGAUACCGAAAAUUUAAAUGUGGGAAUAUUUUCAGGUCACGUCCAACUGACUGACUUAAAACUGAAAACUGAAGCCCUGUACGAGUUAGGUCUUCCAAUCGAAGUAAAAGCUGGCACAAUCGGAAAAAUUUGGCUGCAAAUACCAUGGACGUCCCUAUGGAGUCAACCCGUAGUCGUAAAUAUCGAAGAUUUACACAUCGUUUCAGGUCCUUUAUUAACAAACGAAACGUUCGAUGCUGAUAAAAAUAAACGUUUAAUUCGAGCUUUUAAGCGGAAGCUCUUGGCCAAUUUAGACACUGAGAGUCAUAUAAUCGGAGGGCCGAAUUCGUUCUCGGAACAUUUAGUAACGAACAUUUUAAAUAGUCUUCAAUUCACUGUUACGAACGUCCAUAUUCGGUACGAAGAUCUCGUAAGCUAUAAAACGCCCAUUUCAGCGGGGUUAUGUAUAGGAAGCAUAACCGCAGAAACGACAAACAGCAAAUGGAAAGCUAGCAAAGUGGAAAGUAACAGUAAUAACUGUUACUACCUUAUAAAAAUCGAAACCCUUUCGACAUACUGGAACCAUGAUUCGAAGGUGACAAAAUGGAAUCUCCCAUCAGAAUAUUACAUGUGGAGAAAUGCUAUGUCAAACAGUUUGCAGAAUUUUUCCAUGAAUGACGAGACUUUCAAUUUUGUUCUUAAACCGAUGACUACUAAGAUUAAAAUCACAAUGAAUAAAUCAAAUGCUGGGAAUAUAUUAAAAUGUCUAACUGAUGUUAUUGUUCAAGACUGUAACAUUCAGUUGUGUAAAGAACAAUAUGAUUCUAUUUUAGCGGUAAAUGAUUCGUUGAAGCGAGUCUUGGUUAGUUGGGAAUUUUUAUCUUCGCGUCCGAAGCAAACGAUUCUAGAAAAUAAACGCGCCUGGUGGAAAUACGCUUAUUUGGCGGUUUUAGAACAAAGAGUUCGUCCAUACACUUGGGAAAGAAUAAAGAAAACGAGAGAAUGUUAUAGAGGCUACAUGCAAACAUACAAGCAAAUUAUACUAAACCCUAAUGAUACCGAAUUAAAGCUAGAUCUUCAAAAAUAUGAAGACAAUUUGUCUAUAGUGAAUAUUGUUAUAGCAAGACAACACGCCCGACUCCUGGUUCAGUCGCGCAGUUUAAGUGAAAAAAACUUCUGGUCUAUGUUACCUUCCCCUGAAAGAACUCUGUUAUGUAAGAAAAUUGGGUUCUAUGACAAAAACUGUGAUCACCUGCACAUAGACCAACAAUAUAAUCUAAGAAUGGGUAACAUUAGUCUGUCUUUAACAAAUAACUCAAAAGAGAUUGUUUUACUUACUUUGACUCAGACCAAUUUGAGCUUCCAUCCCAAUAAUUUUGAUUGUUCAUACAAAUCUGUUAUUAAAGUAGAAGGUGUGAUAAUGGAAGGUUCAAAUGAAGACGAACAAUUAAUGUCCAUUAUAGCCUCAGAACACCUUAGUACAAGUCCUGCAUAUAUUUUAAAAGCCGACUUUGAAAAAAUGCCCACCGGUUCAAAAUGUUCGCACAGACUGAACGUAACUUUAGAUUCAAUAGAGUGUCUAUACAAUCAGCAAUUUUGCGAGGACAUAAUGACAUACCUAGAUAACGAAUUUUUACCAAGAGCCUCAUUGUCUAAUCUUCUUAGAGAAUGGCCUAACAUAAUUCGUGGUCUCAUAGAUUCAAAAUUAUCCAAGAAAUGGGAUAUGACUCUCAACGUUAAAAUCCCGUUCUUUGUAAUUCCCGAAUUUGGAUCUUUUCUGAAAGCAGAUAAUAUAUUGGUUGUCGAUCUAGGCCGUUACUUCGUCACAACUGAACUUUGCCAAACUGCUGAUUUAAUCGAAAAUGCAACUCAAAUGGAAAUGGAAGAACAGUUUUACUCAAAGUUGCACAUUGAGUGCAAUGAUAUGCAAGUUCUGUUUUGUCAGAAUUCAGAUAAUUGGAAAGACGAAAGAAAAGAGAAAGAUACAGACUUGCAUAUAGUUCCAAAAAAUUCAUUUUCUGCGGUAUAUGCACGCAGUUCAAGACUGGAAAAAUCUAUUCCUAAGUACAAAUUUAAUCUCAAUUUUCACUCCCUCAAAAUUAACAUGUCCGAGAGGAAAAGUGGUCAAAUUCUCAAAUUUUUUUCAAAUAAUGGGAAUUAUUUAGACGUGACUAGAAUUUACUUUAAACCUGAUCUAACUUUUGAUAAAGACAUAGUCAUAAAUUACCUAGGAUCGAAGUAUUUAGCAGACGUUGAAGCCUUAGUAUCGAUAACUGAUAACUUUAUAAAAAUUAAACGAGGAAAGAUCGACAAAUCUCAAACUACCAAAAUAGAAAAAUCUAAUAAUAAUACUAAAAAAGAAGACAUGAAUGAGGCGUGGGCACGAUACGUAGAUCUACCAGGUCUUGAAGAUAAUAUUUCUCCCAACAAUAACAUAAUAAUUCUACUUCGUUUUAUUAUCAACGAGUUUACAGUUGUGUUCUCAAGGUCUAGUGAUAGCACCGAUCGACAGUACCUUAUGUUUCGUCUAGGUCUUCUCACUGCCGAUAUAGCGCUAAUGACUUUUGGACCAGCUUACCAAGUUUCCAUUAACAGUAUACUUCUCACAGAUAAACUGCACACCACACCUAGUGGCCAAUACUUAGAUUUAAUAUAUAGUCCAUUUCCUUGUACAGUGGACGUAAUCACUGUUUUAUACAGAAAAGUAAGUGCAGGUUGUCCAGAUUUCUGGAGUCAUUUUCAUGGCGUCGAAACGUCAUUAGUCGCUGACUUUGGUACUAUCCACUUAUUACUCCACCAAGAAGCAAUUCAUACUCUUGUUAAGUAUUCAAACUACUUAUUCAACAAGUUGAAACUUCAGACCCCUAUUUCAUUACGUGAUACAACUCUUAAGGUUAUGAAAUUUAUAAACAACUUAUUGCAUCAACAACCACUGACACCGGUACCUCCUGGUUCCAUUAAAUUCUCACACUCUGCUCGAUUAGCAGAUAUAAAUGUGAGAGUGUGCGAUUCUGAUUUUGAUAUCGUCAAUAUACAAUUGUCAGGACUGGAAAUGGACUUCUUAUUUAGAGCCAACGAGAGAUUUGUAUUUAGAUCGUAUUUAAGUAACAUCAAUGUGGAACACUUAUCGGAGAUCACUCUUUACACUAAGGUACUGUCGACAGAUGAAGAUAAAGUGUUUGAACUGAAAUAUGUAAGACAAGCAUCUCACAUUCAAAAGAACGACAUUACAAAUCGAGACGAAACAUUAACUGGUGGUAGUUUUAAAUUCCAGUUGGGACAAAUUCAUCUCACACUACUAUACAAACUUAUCGUACAAAUUCAGAGAUUUGUUAUGAAUCUAGAAGCCCUCCCAUACAUAAACCGAAUUAUAGAGUACCUUUACAAUGCCGUGACCACCGUCACUGAUACUUUAAAAGCUAACACAAGAAUACAUCUCGCAAUAAACGUGUGUGGACCUGUUCUCCUCUUUCCACAAAAGUCUUCCUCUCCCAAUGUCAUGAUAAUUGACACUGGUGAUUUGUACGUAGAAAAUUUCUUCAAAGAGUACAGUAAUGAUAUAAUGGAAAACAUCUUGUUAAAAUGGACCGGUAUGACCGUCACUAGAGGCGUAAUGACAUUAGUACCAUCUCUAGAGAUGCAAGAAACUCUAAUUGAACCAAUAAACGUAAAUUUCGAUAUCAAAAGAUACACGAACAUAAAAAGUGCUCAAAAGUUUUGGGACAUAGAUGGAGCGCUGGAUUGUAUUUUGAUAACUUUGGGUCAGCGAGAUAUUUCAACAAUUUUAUCAAUUUACAAAGACAAUAUUGGUGAAGGUAAAAUCAUAGAUCUCUUUCCAGACCAGAUAAAAGCACAACGUUGCGCAGCGAUCACUGACGAAACUGUGAAAACUCUAGAAGCUUUUUUCUGUGAACCUAAACAGAAAAAUAUCGUAGCAAAAUUUUCGCUAGACGAAGUGACGCUUUCUUUAUUCUUUGAUUCGGGAGAAUUGUUAAGUUCUCCUAUUAGAGAUUUAAAUCACGGUUUAUGCAAACUUAAAAUCAGUGACGUUAGUACUACUUUCACGAUUUAUACGGAUGGAAGUCUGGAUGGCAAAUUGUCCGCCGAUGGUGUUCUUGUUGAAGAAAUAGGACCCGAUGCUAACAUAUAUGACAAAGGAAUUCUCCAAUCGCCUAUCGAUGACAAUAAGAACAAUAACUGUAAUAUUACCAUAAAUCGUGCUCCUAUAAUUGAUGUGACGUUUCAUCAGAACAAAGCGGGUGAUAAAUCUGCUGACGUUAUUAUUGGAAGACUGAGUCUGAGUUUAUCAGUUCCAUUUUGUGAAAAAAUUGCGUUAUUUGUAUUAGAGUGCCUUCCUAAAGACAAUUUGGACAGCGGAAUUGUAAAUCAUGGUUAUGAAUGUGAUAAUCAGCAAUCAGAUAUAGAAACCAAAGAGUAUUCCGCUAGUCUGACUAUUUCCUUAAGAAUAAAUAAACCAGAAUUUAUUUUCGUAGUAGAGACUACCUCCAACAAGAAAAGAUAUUUUAUUACACAUACAGAAAUACUUUCGGAUUAUUCGAGACACGGAAAUCGACUAAAUUUAGUCGUUUCUCUCUCUGGUUUGCACUCCCUUUUCUACGACAUUGGAGUGCAUUCUAAUGAACCAUAUGUGAUUUUAAAACAAUGCGAUGUUGAGUUUUCUAAAUGUUACUCAGAAGAAAAAGGCAAAAAAAUAAUCGCAUCUGUUUCUUCUAUAUACGUACAGAUUUGUAGCAGGGUCGUUCAUUCGCUGACAGACAUUUUAAAUGAUAUAACCGAACAUUUCAAAGUGCCUGAAGUAGAAAAUAAGACACACUGCAGAACUUCUAGCAAGUCGGAGUGCGACGAUUUGUGGGAGCCAAAAAAGAUCGAUGAAUUCGCCUCUCAAAACAGCGACUUUAGAUGUGAAGAAAAAAUCAUAGCAAAAGGGAUCGAUGUGCAUGAGAUACUCCUAAUUCCAAAAUUCGACAUCGUUGUGAUUUUUGAAUUAGAAGAAACGCAAGUUCUUUUAAUAAAAUCAACUAUGGAAGUGACAAUAUACGAUUGGUCUUCUCUGUUAAAUUGUACCUGUGAGUUUACCAUUCAGGCUAAUUAUUUCAAUGAAAAUUUGCAAGCUUGGGAACCGGUGAUAGAUCCCGUUGUUAUCGACGAAAAAGAAUAUAAACCUUGGGAUGUCUUGAUCAAGAUUUUUCAAGAUAAAUCGCUACCUAUGUUAGGUGUUGUAGAUCACAAGUCGAAAAAUCACUCUGGUGAAAAAAAGAAAAACACACCAACGACCACUGAAGAUGAAGAUUCAGGCGAAGACAUGAUGUAUCUGGAACCAAUAAAUCCACUACACAAUCGAAACAACAGAAGAGUAAAAACUAGUCUGUCGACAUUUCUGGACGAUUCAGAUUCAGAAAACGAAGACGGCGCUAUGGAAAAACUGGCAGCAGCGAUUUCUGACUUGUUCACAGGUGAUUGGAAUGAGAGUGAAGACAGUGACUAUAUCCAUUCCAGCGAAGGUGAAGAUGAAUCAGAUGAUAACAUUAAACCGAAAACACAAGAAGAUAAGACACAACCUUUCACGAACUAUACUAAGUCAACAUACAUUUUAAUAGAUGCAAAAGAAGUUUUAAAUGUAAGCGUGACUCCUACACUACUCAGGGUUCUAAGUGAGCUUCUCACUAUUUACUCGAACAAAACAUUAUCUGUAGUGACCAAUAAGAAAUCGAUCAAUUUGAUCAAUGAUAUAGGUCCACAGUCAAAGGUAGAACUUUACGAAAAGAAAAAUGAUGAAAAUGGAGAAGACGAUACUCUAGUGUACGUUAAACCUUUUGAAAAUCAAGACUCUGCACCUUCGAGUCCAAACAAAAGUGUUUAUUAUUCUGUAGAUUUUAACGAAGAUAUUAAUGAAGAUAAGGAUAGUACACAAGAAGACACCGCCAAAAAUGAACUCGAAAGCAACUACGAUUUUGUAACAAUGUCGAGUCUACACUUUCCAUCGGAAUCUACGUCACAUCUUUAUGAAAAGAUUAAUAACCAUUUCAUUAAGGUGUUCAUACCAAAUUGUUCACCAAUUCAGACCAACUGUUCGCGAAAAUCAUGGCAAAAGUUGAUGAAGUUACAAUGUACCGUCCCCGGUCAAAAGUAUUAUUUGGCGGCAAAACACACAAUAAGUAAAUGUGGGAGAAAAUUGGUUAUAAGUUCACCUUUACAGAUCAAAAACGAAACUUGUUUUGCAUUAAGCGUGUUAUAUCAGCCUUCAGUUUUACAGCAAUUAAAUUUAGAACCAGUGGGUGACGUGACGAAUCCUUUUGAAACUACAAUGAGAAUAGCAGUAUUGGAAGCCCAUGAAUCCUACAACGUUCCUUUGUAUAUUGCGUACCAUUGCAAAUUGUUCAUCCAACCGGCUUAUGCUGAAGGUCAUUAUACAUCUGAUUCUGGUAUCUGGUGGAAAGAUUUAGCGACUGAAUUAGAUAUAGCUCACAACCUACAUUGUCGACCACGAAGUGAUUCAAAUCUCGAAGUUUUCUCAUUGAGAGUAAUGUUAACAAAAAAUCUGGAUAUUCCCAACUCUCAGGCACAUUCGGUUCCAAAUUAUAUCAUACAUUUGUUACCUCCACUUAUUCUUCACAACUAUCUGCCGUACUCUUUGGAAGUUGAAAACGUUAUGUUAAAACAACACAUAAAGAUAGAACCUGGAGAGAAAAAAAGUGUUUAUUCUUUAGAUUUAUCUAAAGAUCAAAAACUGUUGAUAAAAGUCAAGUACAAUUUGCUCACGUGGUCCGGUAUACUCAAUUUCACGACAUAUUUAGACGAAAAAAUCGUGAUUUUGUCUUCGGACAGUAAAGAGGUGAAACAUUUAGCAAUAAAUACGAAAACUGACCGAGAAGGUAGUUGCAAUAUCUUUUUUUACACACCGUACUGGAUCAUCAAUAAAAUUGGCUUACCUUUACAAAUUAAAGCUUCCGCUACAAAUACUGUUUAUGAAAGUAACAAUGAAGACAUUCUACUAUUUACUUACAAAAGACAUGGAAAACAGACUCUCAACGUCAAAGUUUACGAUUCGAAUUGGUCUAAUGAGUUUGGUCUGGAAUGUGCUGGAACUACAGGUCUAAUUAUCUGCAAAGAUAAUGAAAGGAAGAAAAAAUAUCUCUUCUUCUUAUCUAUUAAACUUUCACAGAUGUGUCCACGGCUGACAAAAAUUGUAACUCUUCUUCCGAGUUUUCUGGUGACUAAUUGUACACACAGAAACUUAAGAUUUAUGGAGCAUAAUGAAAAAACUGAUCUAUGGAUCGACAUAGGAACAAAUCAAACCGUUACUUUUUGGCCAGAAACAUCGUCCAUGCAAAUGUACGUGAAGUACAGAGACAGUAAACUGAUUUCACAAGCGUUUAACUUUGCAACGCCAAAUUCAACUGUCCUUCGCAUGGAUAAAGGGGGGGCUCUUAAAGUUGAAAUAACCGGAGGGAUUAGUGAUUCGUUUAGAAUAACAUUCCACGAAUACACAUAUGGCGAUGCUCCAAUUUUGGUCAAAAACUAUUGCCCUGAUCUUUUUUUAAAAAUUCAACAACAAGAGCAAAGCCAAGUGACAUUACUAAGUCCGUACAACUCGCUUCUCUAUACCUGGGAUGACCCCACAAAAAUUAGGAAGUUGGUAUGGAACGUGUACAACAAUAAAGGAACUGGAUUUUUGAUUGACAUCUUCAAAGAUGCCUAUGGAGAAGAAAAGAUUUUGUUUCAUAGUGUAACUCCCACCACCAGCAUGCACAUAUCCUCCAGCAGUGAUGACUCCGACAGUUCCGACAGCGUGAAAACCACCAUGAAUAAGAAAGUCAGAAGAGACAAAAUUGUCAUUUACUGGCUCUGUUACGCUGAAGGGCUCCAAAGAGUUCUACUUUUCACUCAGGAAUCUCGAAUUUUUAAUGCGGUUUUAUCCAGCUACUUUUUGGAACACUGUGAUAUCGAAUGCCUGGUGUCACUUUGUGGGGUAGGCGUUUCACUGUUUACUUCCGAAAAUUCCAAGAAAGAACACGUUUAUGCAUCUGUGGUUGACACUCCAGCAAUAUGGGAAGUAAAUGUUGGUCACAAGUGGAAAACUCUCACCCUGGAAUUGGCCUCGUGGAUCGAGGACAAAUACAGACUGCAUUACAAAAAAUGUCAAUUACGAGAUUACAUUCAUAUCGACUUUGAAAAAAUGUACAUGCUGAAGCCGUUUUUCGCCGAAUUAAAACGCACUUAUACACCAGCGAUUUAUUUUCAGUUUAGAAAAUCCAAGAAUUACCAUUAUUUUAACUUCAAACUCAACACACUUCAGGUGGAUAACAAAGUCAGUAAUACCAUUGUUUUGUAUCCGCUCCCUACGAGUGUCGUGAAAGGUUUAAAUUCCUUCAUUGACCUGAACGUACUGAAAUGCUCGACAAAAGAUUGUGAUAUUUAUAGACAUAUUAAAAUUAAUAUAAAAGACUUCUAUUUAAAUAUAGAGAAUGAUUUAUUUGUCGACAUCCGUGAACUGAUCAUGUAUUAUAAGAAAUUUUGUGAUGAAGCUACGGUUUCCUAUGUAAGUGAUAUAAAGUCUAUACAAGACUUGACCAAUUUGCGCACACAGGAUCUCCGGAACGGUCGAAGCGUUAUCGAAUACGUAAGCAUAAGCAAUUUCGAGAUCCAGUUGCACAUUUCAAACAAAACUCAAAUUAGUUUAAAUUGCAAUAACUUGCCUUUAUGUAAGGUCCUCAAUUACUUAUUUCCAAUAAACAUCUCACCAUACAUGCCGCUUGAAGGAGUACUCCACAAAGUUUCAGCUAUAGAGCAAGCUUACUUGUGUGAACACCUAGAGACAACUCUUAGCAACCUGUUACAACAAAUAAUUUCUCAGUUUUUGCAGCAGUACUAUUCACAUGUGCUAGGUUUACAAGUACUCGUUAACACUUUUGCAAUACAACCCGCGAUUAUGUAUCCUCAACUGGAUCUCGAAAAAAUGGCAAACACAUUAUUAUACGGUUCCAGAUGUCUUUUAAGCCACAUCAACAUGUCGCCAGCUGCUUUGGAACAAUGCGUUAUUGACAUCUUUGCUAAUCAAACAUUUGAAAAUAUACAACGCAUUAGAAGACACGGCUCUUAUCAAAAAUCAGAAGUAGUGCCAAAAAUCAUCACAGCUUCUUGCAGAAAUUUCCAUAGUGGUGUUCCUAAUGCGUUAAACCAACUGAUUGUCCGCAAACAAAAUGCUGGAAUUAACUGUGAUGGAGAAAUGUUCUUCAGAACCACGGGCAAAGCACUGUAUUCACUAAUAACUCGACAUCCUGACGACAAAUCGAAUAGUGUCGAAGUGGCAAAGGAAGCUUUAAGAAGAGCAUCAAUUUUAGGAGAACCUAUAAGAAUACAACAACGCCUGACUAGAUACUACAACAGAUAUCUGGGACUGAAACCAUUUUCAGUGUACGAAUCUAUGGGUCAAAAUUUACUUGAAACGGUAGGGAACUGUCGAUUUAUGAGUGACACGUACUGGUCUCACGCUGCGAUUGACAGAGUUGGGAAAUCAAUUUUGCUCGUCUCGUUACAGCAUGUGAUUAGAAUAAAUAAGUGUAGACUUUGGGGACCUUGGGAUGUUGAGUGGGCCAUAGAUUUAGAUGACAUUAUAUCGAUGCCAAAAAUUACGUCCACAGAACUCGUCUUUAAUAUGAGACAGAGUGAAAACAACACAAGAGAAAUAUUACUAAAAAUCAGUGGAGAUAAAGAAAUGUUAACAUGGAUUCACGAAAAAAUAGAACAGGCUAUAAUUGUAAGCAUGGAAGAUAAAUCAUGGACAGUCACUGAAAAUCCAUAGAAAGUGUUAUUCGUAUUUUCUUGUAAAAGCUAUUAUUUAGAAUAAAUAAUUAUAGCAAUUUUA